UGAUGUCCUUUUUAAACUAAUAUGGGACGUUAUUCGGUAAACCGGUGGGAGGAACAUAUUGUUGGGUGGGUUGGAUGAUCGGGUUGUCUUUGCUCGGGUGAUAUUUGUGAGUGUGUGUUUUCAUUGUCUAAGCCGGUCCUUCCCUCCCCGCGCGCGUCCCGCGGCCCGGCUCAUGGCGGGAAAAAUGCCGUCUCUCGCCGGCGCCCGACUCGCUGCUCAAAUAUAAAGUUUCAAUUAAAACCUUCUCAAAGAUUCACGGAAAAGAUCAUUAUCGCUUAAACAUUUAAAGGCGUUUGAGACCAACAGACCAGGCUGAUUACAGCUAAGAACGCCUCAAGACAUUUCUGAAUGCUGUCAGGACUGAACAAAGAUAUCUGGGGAGCAACUGUGUGUUGUCGAUGCUAAGAAUUCAUUUCACCAAGAGUACAUUAUAUUGUGUGUGUCCCUACCCAACCACCUUUUGGCUAACUUAAAAGUUGAAUUUGCAGGAGUGUGAAAACAUUCAAAUUUUGCCCUUGCAUUUCCUUCUCUUCCCCUGGCUGUGUUGCACAGUGCUCUUUUGUACAACGUGUUUUUGUUCUCUCUGCAUUCCUUCCCCCAAUUUCCCCAAGAAAUUUCACCCGCUUCUCCCCCCACCCUGAUUUUAAGUUAUUCCAGGUUGCACCUGCCCUCUGCUGCUCUGAAGAGUGCACAGUGUCAAUAUGAGCACGAUGAACUGUGAACUGUUAGCAACGUGCAGUGCCAUGGGCUACUUGGAAGGAGACAACUAUCACAAAGAGCCUGAUUGUUUAGAAAGCAUCAAGGACCUUAUCAGGUACCUAAGACACGAGGAUGAGAUGAGAGACAUUCGGCAGCAGCUGGGAGCUACACAGAUUCUGCAGAAAGAUUUGUUGCCUAUUAUCGCACAGUACCCUCAGGAGAAAAUGCUUUAUGAAGCAGUUAUUAGGUUGUUGGUAAAUCUAACACAGCCGGCACUUCUGUGUUUUGGGAAAGUUCCUGCCAACCCUACCACCAGGCAUCACUUUCUGCAAGUGGAUUCAUAUCUGCAGGGAUACAAAGAGGCUUUUGCAAAUGAAAAGGUGUUUGGAAUUCUCAGUGAAAAACUCUAUGAUCUCCUGCAACUAGACUGGGAGCAGAGGCAGGAGGAGGAUGACCUACUGAUUGAAAGGAUCUUGUUACUGCUCCGGAAUAUUCUACAUGUGCCCUCUGACCCUGAGGAAGAGAAGAACAUUGAUGAUGAUGCCAGCGUGCACGAUAAGGUGUUGUGGGCCAUGCACAUGAGUGGGAUGGGUGAUCUGAUUAAGUUCCUCGCUGCUUCCCAGGAAGAGCAACAAUGGGCCAUGCACAUCCUGGAGAUCAUAUCCCUCAUGUUCAGAAAUCAGAACCCCGAACAACUUGCCAGUACAGGGCAAAUAAAAACUAAACAGGAGAAAGAGACCGAGUCCAGAGAGCUUGAGAUCUUAAUGCAGAGAGAGCUGGCUGCAAAGAAGAAAAGAACCUUUGAAAGGGGGAGCAGGCACUCGCGUUUUGGAGGGACAUAUCUCAUACAAGGCUUGAAGUCAAUUGCAGAUAGGGAUGUUGUUAGUCAUAUGGGAGUCCACAAAUUUAAAAAUUACACCCACGAUUGUGGCAAGCAGGCGGGCAAAGUUAGAAAGAGGAAUCAAGCAGCAGUAGAGAUGGAGAGCAAGCGACGUUCUGCUCUCAAUGUGAGGUUGUUCCUGAAGGAAUUUUGUGUGGAUUUCUUGGAGAACUGCUAUAACAGAUUGAUGUAUGUGGUAAAGGACAACCUGAUACGCGAGAAAGCACAGCAGCACGACGAGACGUACUACCUGUGGGCCAUGCCCUUCUUCAUGAAGUUCAACAGGGUGUACAGGUUCCGCCCUGAGCUGGUAUCAGAGACGGUCAGCAUUCGAGUGUUUCACUUUGUGGAGCGUAAUGUCACCAACUACUACGAGAUGAUGCUGACAGACAAGGCAGCAGCCAGUUCUUGGUCAAGACGAAUGCAUCUAGCCCUGAAAGCUUACCAAGAGCUGCUCAGCACCCUGAAUGAAAUAGACCACUCCAAAGAUGGAAAUCUGCGAGAGAGUGCCAGAGUUAUCAAAUGUAAUAUCUUCUAUGUUAUGGAGUUCCGGGAGUUGUUCUUGAUGCUAUUCCGGAAGUUUGAUGCAAGCAAGCAGCCCAAGUCAUUUUUGAAAGAUCUCGUUGAAACCACUCACCUUUUCAUCCGGAUGAUUGAGAAAUUCUGUAAAGGCAAAACAAAUCUUUUUGUGCAGAGAAAGAAACUGAAAAAGAAGAAACGUAAAUCAAAGCAGUCUGCAUCUGCCUCAUCAGAUAAAUCCCAGGAAGAACUGGAGGAAAUCUGGAAAGCGGCAUUGGAGCAACUUGGCAGAUGUGCAGAGGGUCAAGAGCUUCUACCGGAGGAUCUGGUUCCAUUUGAUGCUGCUUCAGAAAUCCCUGUGGAGGAGCAGAGGGCUGAAGCGAUGAUUCGUAUACAGGAUGCGAUGCUAGCCAGUAAAACUGCAGAGGCCCUCGUGCUUCUCCGAGCCGCACGGGAGGUGUGGCCUGAAGACGAUGUUUUUGGGUCUUCCAACAUAUUGCUUACAGAAGAGUCAGAAUUGCUCAAACAAAUACUGUUUGCCAAUUUACCAAGGCAACCGGCUGUUGAAGUCGAAGAGACAGAAGAAUUUCGAGAUGAAGAAAUAGAAGAGGAAGAAACAGAAUCUGUGAGAGUGACAGAAAGCGAAUUUAAUCUUUUUGAUUAUCUGAAAAGGUUUGCUAAUGCGGGUGUUGUGAAGCCCUAUGUUCUCCUGCUGAAGGACUACCGGCAGAACGAUGCUCACACCAACCAUUGCAUUGUAAAGAUGCUCUAUCGUGUAGCAUACGACUUGAAAAUGGACACCCUUCUUUAUCAACUUUCAGUAUUCCACGUAUUCAGUCACAUUCUGGAGGACCCGGCUGCUGGUGCAUACCAGGAGCUGGUGAAGUUCUCCAAAUAUGUCUUAAGCCGAUUCUUCACUUUAGCUGCCAGCAACAGCAAGGCCUUUGUGGAGUUGCUGUUCUGGAAAAAUAUUGCAAACAUUCGAGAAAUGACAGAGGGUUACAGGACAGACGUGGAAAGUGGGCCAAAUCAUAGGAUUCCAAGUUGGUCACCAGAGGAAGAGCAGGAGCUUGAAACAUUGUACCUACAGUUCAAAGAGGAAGAUGGAGGUAAAGAUGUCAUUGACAACAUCAUGGAACACAUUAAAAAUGAGACAAGGACCAGAAAGCAGAUUGCUGUGAAACUUGUUCAGCUGAACCUGGUGGACAGUAUAAAAGACCUCAAACGUGUCAAGAAGGGAACUAAGAUCGUGCUCUGGAGAGAGGAGCAGGAAAUGGAACUGGAGACAUUGUUUGUGGAGUUCAGAGCAUCUGAUGAUGUCCUUGGUGAUAUCAUGAGAAAAAUAACCUACAAGCGGACCCGAGCAAGAAUCAUUGAUAAGUUGAUCAGCAUGGGCCUCGUUUCCGACAGAAAGGAACUCUACAAGAAGAGGAGGAAGCUUGCAAAAGGAGAACGCCAGGAGGAAGAGGAUUCUGCUGAUGACAUGGGGUCUGGUCCAAGCCAGGGGCCGUCAGAGGAUGAGGAUGAGGAUGAGCUGGACGAAGAUGACGGCAGUGUAGAUGAGAGGGCAGAGGACAGCGCCAAAUCCACACCAAGAUAUGCCACAAAAGGCCAGAUUGGCAUGAGGGAGCCUGACCCAGCAAUUCCACUCCUGUGCUGCCAGCUUCAACAGCAAGGUCUGACAGGUCCUCUUUUGUGGCUGCAGAAUUGCCUCAACAGAACGGCGGACAAACGAGAAGAUGAUGGGACCUUGAUCGCUGUGCCGCUCGUACCCUUCUCUGAGGAAAACGAAGAUGCCAUGGACAACGAGGUGUUCCAGAAGCUUCUGAAGAAAGUCGGAAUCCGACCACCUGCUGAUGAACAGGAAUCUUUUUGGCGAAUUUCUGCCAAUCUGAGUGGCGUGCAGUUGCGUAAGAUUGCUUCAGUUAUCGCCCUGCAGGAUGGUGAUGGGGAAGGAGGGACGGCCCAGGACGGCAACAUCAGCGUUAGUGCAGGUCACAAGUCUGAGGCCUUGCGGGCUCUUGUCAUGGCCAGGGAGAGGCAUGCUGCAGCCACCAAAGCAGGUGGUGAUGCUAAGCCUGAAGCGAGAGGCAGAGAUGCUCCAGAGUCUCCCUCUGGAUCAGACGACGACACCAAAAGUAACAAUGAGAAGACCAAACACAAACAAAUGCUCAAGCGAAGUCGUGUGUUUGACAGUGACGAUGACAUGGAUGACAGAGUUGAAGACACACCAAACGUGGAAGCAACGGAAGGCUCUGAACCUAACUCUGAGACGUCUGACUCGGACACUGCCCACAGGGUGAUCAAAAGGUGUCGGCGGGCAAUUGAAGAUGACGAUGAUGAUGAUGACAUUGAUUAACUUUGAACGUCAGUCUCUUGAAAUGAUUUUGAACACUGGGUCCAACACAAGGCAACUUGUAACCAAGGAGUCGCUGUCAUCAGCAGAUACUAACGUUCUUCAUGUAAUGAAGUGUUACAAUUACACAUUUUAUCUGAAACCAUUCUUGUUUGCAGUCACUAUCUUUAAUAGUUAUGUUGUUUAAUGCGAAUAAAAGAAACAUAUGCAAAGUUUUUCAUAA